CCCUUUAGUAGUCUUCUUUUAGUAAAAACACUUUUUUCUUUUUCUUCUCUUUCUGGAACUCAUCGUUCAGUCUCUCCAUCCCUUUCACUCGCCCUAAAACCUCCUAUUUCAAGUCUGAAAACCUCAGUCAGGAAAGUUUACCACGGACACAUUUGCAACACACAGGACAAACAAAACUGAGCAACAAACAAACAAACAUCCCCACAUUUCACGUCUCCAUUCUCAGCCGCGGCUCAUCACCCGUCAUCGGACAUGGCCAUCGCUAGCGAAGGAAUUAGAGAGAACAAGACUUUCUUGGAUGAGGAAGUCGCAGAGUUAAGUGGCCUCACCGCCAGUCUCGACAAGACCAACACUGUAUCAACUAAGAUGGUCGACAUUCUGAACUCAUUUGAUACCCGGCUUGCGAGCUUGGAGACAUCAGUGAUGCCCAUCCAUAAGUCAACACAAUCCCUCACACGCCUUGCUGGAAACAUGAACCAGACGGUUGCAGCUCUGGAGGCUAUCUUGUCAUACUUUGAUCUGGCUGCACAAGAAGAGGCUAUAGUUGCAAGACCAUUAGCAGAGCGGGAUCUGCAAUCCUACUUGCAGUCUAUUGCGCGGAUACGCGAGUAUCUCCGGGCCAUGAGUUCAAUAAAACUCAAGGCAGGCGAGCGAGUUGUCCAACAGCUGAAACGAAGCUUGAAGCUCGCAGCAGGACAAUUGGACGACCUAUUCAAGAGGCUUUUAACCCAGAAUAGUCAACCACUGGAUCUCAAGACUGUUACCUCUACAGAUCGCAAAGAUAUCCCAGCACUUCCAUCAGGAGUCAUACAGACGCUUGUCACCGUGGCAAAAAGUCUGGCAGAUAUUGAUCUAGAUCCGCAUGCUACACCCACAGGGUAUUUGAAGUCGUACUGUGAAAUCCGUGCCAAUUGCAUGAUUAAGUCUUUGGCGCCCCUGUAUCAGUCUUCCAUGGUGGAAUUGAAGGGCAUCUAUGACAAAGGAUCAAGUCCAUUCAUCCCCUAUACGUCAUCCUUACUCAAACUUUGCAGGAAUGAAGCCGAUUUGGCCGACACUCUUCUAGACCCCAAGCUUCUCAGUCUUGCAUUCAUGGGAUCAAUUAUGCCUCCAAUCGAGCAAUGGGUUGAGGCGGGUCGGACGAUCACACGCAGAGUGAGGAAGACGUAUACAUCUGAAGUCGGAGUUCUCUUUGAUAUCAUUGAGUCUCUAGAAGGCAACAUGAAUACAUUCGAAAGUGUCUUUGGGUUGGCGAGAAGGCAAAAGGAAAACGACGCUGCAGAGCUCCUUAAGACAUUCAAAGCAGCUGCAAUGAGGACAUUUAUUGAUUUCCUUGCUGAUGUCCGAAGCCAAAACAACUCCAAAUAUCAAGCCAUGCCGCUGGACGGAACAGUUCAUCAAUUGACUUCGGAUACCCUUAACUAUAUGAAGCGUCUGAUGAACUAUCAAUCCAUGGUUGAGUCAAUCCUUAAUCUUAUCGGAGAUGGCAACUGGAAUAAUUCUGAUGCCGGUGCUCCUCAAAAUCGUCGACCCCAUGCUGCUGGGCGCUCAGGACGAAGCGCCGUUUUGCAACAUUAUUUCGCGGAUGUGUUGGAAGCACUAGUUCAAAAUAUUGAUGCCAAGUCUAAAUUUUACAAGAAGAGUCAGUCAUUGACUCAGCUGUUUUUGCUGAAUAAUUAUUUUUAUAUUUCCAAAUCGGUGCGUACGACGCCUGGAAUGCUCGAUGUUAUCAAUGGUACAGGACCCGAGGUCGCCAAUACACCAGCCAAUAACCUGACUUCAGCUAUCUAUGAACGGCCAUUGAAACAGAACGUGGAUCUCUACCAAGACAAUUGGAAGCAGUGUGUGGAGCAUCUUAUGGACGUGACAUAUGUCCAGGAUGGCGGUGUUCAACAAGUGCUGAACUCGAACCAGCGUCAAAUGGUCAAAGAUAAAUUCAAAAACUUUAAUCAUGACUUUGAUGAGUUGUGGAAGACACAAAAGCAAUACUCGAUCCCGGAUGUAGAUCUGAGAGCUAUGGUCCUUAAAGACGUGCACCAAGUUUUGAUUCCAAUGUAUGACAAGUUUCUGACGAAAUAUGCGUCUUCAGGCGGUGGAGGAGGGGCUGCAACUAUGGAGUUUACAAAGAACCUGCAAAAAUAUAUUCGAUAUGAUGUAUCCAUGGUGAAGGAUAUGGUUAGUCAAUUUUUUACAAAUACGUAGAGGCUGCCUUCGUGUACUUCUUGCUAUUUGAAAUCUAGAAAUAAUA